CGCCAUAAUACCAAAGAAGAAGAAGUAGUAGCUAGCUUGGCUAACCACAUCAGCUGUGUGCCACAUUUUCGUGAAGCUUUUGAACAGCGUUGCCAUCCAGACCUUUUUUUGUUGUUGCCAAGACUGAGCUCUAGGACCAGACAUGGCACGUGGUCAUCAAAAAGUCCAGUCUCAGCAGAAGAAUGCCAAGAAACAAGCGGAGGCCAAGAAGGCCAAGGGACAUGAUCAGAAGACUGCCGCAAAGGCAGCUUUAGUGCACACCUGCGGUGUCUGCCUGUCACAGAUGCCGGACCCCAAAACCUUCAAGCAGCAUUUUGAGAGUAAACACCCCAAAUCACCAAUGCCCCCAGAGCUGGUCGAUGUUGACUCUGGCAUUUGAACCGGACUCCCACUGAAGACCCCAGCUAUGUUCCUUGUUUAAGGCAAAUUGUCAAUGCUGAAAACAAACCCAUCUCUCUUAUCCACACCCUCAUACAGAAAACAAACCCCUCGCUCUCUCAUCUACACCCUCAAACAGAAAACAAACCCCUCUCUCUCUCAUCUACACCCUCAAACAGAAAACAAACCCCUCUCUCUCUCAUCCACACCCUUAAACAGAAAACAAACCCCUCUCUCUCAUCCACACCCUCAAACAGAAAACAAACCCCUCUCUCUCAUCCACACCCUCAAACAGAAAACAAACCCCUCUCUCUCUCUCUCUCUCUCUUAUCCACACCCUCAAACAGAAAACAAACCCCUCUCUCUCUCCCUUAUCCACGCCCUCAAACAGAAAACAAACCACCCCCUCUCUCCCUUAUCCACACCCUCAAACAGAAAACAAACUCCCCUCUCUCCCUUAUCCACACCCUCAUACAGAAAACAACCCCCCCCCUCUCUCCCUUAUCCACGCCCUCAAACAGAAAACAAACUCCCCUCUCUCCCUUAUCCACACCCUCAUACAGAAAACAAACCACCCCUCUCUCCCUUAUCCACACCCUCAAACAGAAAACAAACCCCUCUUGUUAAAUGCCUAAUGUCUCUUUUGUUGAUCUUUCAUCCUAGUUUCCAGUUUCUCCCUGUGGAUUACCUAGAAAUAGACACAAUCUCUUUCAUUGUUUCCUUUUAGUUUGUAAUUGAAUGUUGGGUAGAAUGGAGCAGAUGUCCAUUCCCAGCUGUGAGAGGUUGAAGAUGAUCCCUGAUCUGGUGUUAGGUCUGUAGCAUUCUUCUCUUCUAGCUCUAAUCAAUGCUUUGUUUUUGGCUGAUCAAACCCAUCAUUUUUGACAGCGAUGAUCCAAGCUGAAACAUGUUGUGACUUGUUUUCUAAUUCACAUCAAACUCCUCAGCAUAAUUUGUACACUUGGAAAAUGCAUUCAUGCCCCAAUGAUGUAAUAUAACAUUCAAUAAAGUUGGCCUUGUUUAGUA